UUUGCGUACACAUAGCGCUUACGUCAAGUGAUUCUCAAUCGUGUCGUAUAUUUUGGUUGAAAGAGUUUUCAGCUGUAGGUGAAACAUGUCUCAAGAUGUGGUGAAAGUCGUGUUCAAACUGUACCAUCUUCCAGACUCCAUAGAAAUAAGUCUGAAGGACGACAAGGGUAGAAGAAAUGCCGUCAACGUUGCCCUCCUUGGCUCAAUCCAUGGACUUGGUCGGUGGAAACUCGAGAAACAGCUGGUUGCCAAACCCUCCGUGUUUGAAACUGAUGUGUGGGAGGUCACUGCUGAACUUCCGGUUUCUUCGUCCUUUGAAUGGUCGUGGCUGGUGGCUGAUGACACGAAAGUCUUCUACUGGGAUCCCGCAUAUGACAGAAGGACCCGACUGUCCUACCACGACGGGGUGAUGCAUACAUCCUGGGGUCGGGACCCGAACUAUUUUGUCUCCCAAACCUGCGCCCUGAAGCUGGAAACUCACUACUAUUGUGGGGCAGGAGAAGCCCUUGCUGUUGUAGGCUCCGAGCCUUGUCUUGGAUCCUGGAAGUCCAAGAAAGCACUGAUGGCUCACGAGUAUCCGGAGAAAUCUGGUCACUGGCGGGCAAAUACUCUACUGGACGUCCAUCGUGACUACCAAUGGAAAUGGGCGGUCGUUGACGUGAAGACACACAAGGUGAAGAGAUGGGAGGAGUGUCCCAACAGAUUCAUCUCCACCAACUGCGAUCAGCUUUCCAUCCGGGCACCCUGGAAUAAGGCAUCGUCCAUCUUAUCCCACUCCUCCACCACCCAGAAGCAGAUGAUAGACAUGGCCAAGGUGGCCAAGUUCUAUGAUGCCGUGGAGAACUGUGAUGAACUUGUUAAGUCUGAGAUGAUUUCCAGCUGGCAGACACCACAGGAAACAAGCAAGAAACCCUUUGUCAUCACAGAGAUGGAUAAGAAAACAUCCCCAUUGCCAGCCACGGUGUCCACGCAGAUGUCACAACAGAAGGUCAAAAGUCAUAAGUCAUUUCUCAGGAAGGUUCCAGGACUUGUGUGUCAUGUGGCUAAAUUCUUGAGUGACUGUUACCACUCACUGGUGUAGUUUCAUGAUGUCUUGGUCUCGUGGAAGCGUACUUUGACUAGACUAUAUAUGCCAGUGUUUCCAUUUUUGUGUUCUGUUGGAAAAACCAAAAAGAUUUGACUACAGUCACUGAUAAUGUUACAUGGUAAUCAAAAUGUAACCUUGUAAAUAGAUAUCAUUAUCUGUACAUAGCAUGAUAUA